ACAUAUUAUAUAACAGUUUUAUUCCAGAGAUGGUUGUUUGUAUUUAAUACAAAUUAAAAUUUUAGUGUAAUGAUUUUUAUGGUUUCCGUAUUGCAGUCAUUGAACUUGAUAACCUAGCAUGAAUAUCAUUGUUUUCAAUUACAUAAUCUGUGUAAGCUAUAACUCUAGUUUAUCGUGUUAAUAAAUUUAAUGUCUUAGAGCCAAUUGGUCACAAGUGUGAAGUGAUGUUUUUAAUAUUCGUUCUGCUUAGUUAUGUGAUUGUAAACACCUGUGCUGAUAACUUAUCAUUGCAAAAUGAUCUGGAUGAUGAAAUAGAAUCAAUUUUUGAUGAUUUACUAAAUGGUGAUUACGUUACCAAUAUUGACUAUGGUGAGAAAUAUGAAACUAAAAAUCAAAUACAAGAGGACGAGCCCCAGCUAUCAGAUGGUGUAUGGAAAUGUGGUAAUUGUACAAAUAUAGAUGAAUCGAAGCUUUUGUUCAGCGAGGAUUUAGAUUUGGACGCGAAUUAUAAUGAAAAUGUUGGAUACGAAUUACAGAUUGGAUUUUCAGUUGACAAUAUGCGGUGCAUUACGAUUGAAACGGAAGAGAUCACCGUGCGUCGAGUAUCAGGCGCAUGCGCAGGGGAAGAAGUUACGUUGGGUGUUAUACAAAAAAGUCAUUUUGAAGUAAAGAUUUAUAAAUAAUUUCAGGAUUAUUAAGUAAAUACAACCGCUACAGUGAGACUUGUAGUGUAGAAUUAAGCACUAUGACGAUGUAAAUAAGAAAAGAAUAAUUUAUCAAUCUUUAAUUAGAAAACCUAUAAAAACAAUGCAAUAUUAAAAAAAUAUGAAUAACGUAUGAAAAUGUAAAAAAAAAAACAACGUAAUUUUAACUACAUAACGCCGGUGACAGCACGGCGAGUUGACAUACGUUGCCCGUUGAUUUAAUUAAAAUAUAAUUUGAGGAA